AUGAGCCAAGGGCUGAACCUCGUCCUGGACUGGUUGUCAAAGCUCAAUCUGUCUCAGUAUGUGGAGUCAUUCAUUGACAAUGGGUACGACGAUUUGGAGGUUUGCAAACAGAUUGGGGAGCCAGACCUUGAUGCCAUAGGUGUCCGAGUUCAGUACCACAGACACAGGCUCCUCACGGCGGUGCAGCAGCUGAAAGAGGAAGAUAAAAGGAAAUCAUCUGGCUACUAUUUCACCUUAGAGCCUCUGGAUGCUUCUACUUGCCACCACAGUACUUUACACUCAAACAGAGAGGAUGACUUCAGGACAUUCAGGCCACACACGGGAAUACACCAGCCCUCCUGUCCUGGAAACCAUAACCCCAUACUGACAGAUUGUAAUGACUUUGUGACUUAUCCCAAACUGAAGCUCAAAGUACUGAUAAGGGAUAAACUUGCAAAAGAUGGAAUCAACCUCGGAGAAUCACCCUACACCCAUAAGGAUGGCUCGUUGGGGAACCUUGAUGACCUGGCUCAGGAGUACUCUCAGUAUUACGGCACCUCCCUAAACGACGUGAGUGAAAGGAUGGAGGAGCUACGCAAACGCAAAGUCGUGCAAGAUGCAGAGAUGGGAAAGGUUGACUCAGCGGCCACAUCACUGCAGCUCCGCUCUCAGAUCCAGGAAUCUCUUGGACUCAGCAGCACCACAUCCACUCCAGAGACGGAGAGAAAGUUUCCUGUGCACAAAUCUAGCUCUGACGAUGGAUCAGGGGGAAAAUGGGAUGGAAAGAGAAAGGGCAAGUCUUUUUGGCAGAGUUUCCGAAAGUCACAGAAAGGAGGAAUGCGUCAGAUUUCAAAGGGUGAUGACGUCGGUUUUGUGGCCAGUGAAAUUACCAUGAGUGAUGAAGAGCGUAUCCAGCUGAUGAUGAUGGUGAAGGAGAACAUGAUCUCUAUAGAGGAAGCCCUGGCACGGCUGAAGGAGUUUGAGGUACAAAACAAACACACGUGCAGGUUCGAACCGGCAGAGUGGACCGACCCCUCCAGUCCCCCCAAAAAUGAGUUGUUCAACUGCAAUCAGCCUUGUGACCUGUCAGACAAUGAACAAGAAGAAUCUGUGACAUUCAGGAGACUCCAUAAACUGGUCAAUUCAACCCGGAAGGUGAAGAAGAAGCUGAUCAAAAUUGACGAGUCUAAGAGGCCCGGAGCAGAUGAAAGCCUGAGUGUAGAUGGGCUUCACUGUGGAGAUGCCAGCGGCUCGCUGUACUCAGAUGUGCAGAAGAAGCCAGCAGUUUGCCCCGUGGACUUUCUGGCCUCAGUUCUGCAGGAGCAGCUCAUCUACGACAGGGACUCUGACAGCUUGACCACCUCCCCCUCCUCCAGCAGCCUGGACACCUGCAGCAGCCAGAAGAUCUUCAAUGCCUUUAACAAGUCGAGUGCCAGCCCAGUUCACCAGGAGACAAAUGUAGCGGCGGAGGUGAUAGAGGCAGGCGAAGGCAGCGGCUCCUCCUUUUUUGAAACAGACGGCGGCUGCAAUGAUGAGGAACCCAAACUUGCUCGUUCGGUGACGGAUGGAGAGCUUCGUCACCGGAGCCUCAGCCCACUCAGCCACCAUGGGAGAGCCUGCAGCUUUGGAGGAUUUGAUCUGGCCAACCGCCCAAUGCACCCAGUCAUCUCGGAUGGUGAUAACACAAACAAAGAUGGAGAUGAUUUGAGAAAUCCUGUUAAGUCUCCACAGACAUCUCGUAUUUCUCUCGGGAAAAAAGUCAAAUCUGUGAGAGAAACAAUGAGAAAACACAUAUCCAAGAGAUACCACUGUUCUCUCUCUGAACAGUCGAGCCCAGACCGUAUAUCCAGCAGCCCUCACUCACCUCACACGGACUCUGACUCUUUGGAGAAACCUAAGCUGAAACCUGGAGGGUCUGUGGAAAGCCUGAGGAGUUCCCUGAGCGGACAAAGUUCCAUGAGUGGUCAGACGGUGGGCACGACUGACUCCUCCAACAGCAACAGAGAGAGUGUGAAGUCUGAGGACGGGGAAGAGGAUGAGCUGCCUUACCGCGGACCUUUCUGUGGACGCGCCCUCGUUCACACUGACUUCACCCCCAGUCCCUAUGACACAGACUCCCUCAAACUAAAGAGUGGGGAUGUCAUCGAUAUCAUCAGUAAGCCGCCGAUGGGUACGUGGAUGGGCAUGCUCAAAGGUAAAGUGGGCACCUUCAAGUUCAUUUAUGUGGACGUCCUGAAUGAAGAGGAGGUGAAGCCCAAAAAGACACGCAGGAGGAGGAAGGCCCGGCAACCCAAACCCACCUCUGUGGAGGAGCUCCUCGAUCGCAUCAACCUCAAAGAGCAUCUUCCCACUUUCCUUUUUAACGGUUACGAGGAUCUGGACACAUUCAAGUUGCUAGAGGAGGAGGACCUGGACGAGCUGAACAUCAGGGACCCCCAGCACAGGGCUGUGCUGCUCACCGCUGUGGAGCUGCUGCAGGAGUAUGAUGGUAGCAGCGACCCAGAGCGCAGCAGUCAGUCCGGAGGCUCACAGGAGAAGCUGCUCCUGGACAGGCGUGGCCUUAUGGGAGACUCCCCACGGGAUUCAGGCUGCUACGAGAGCAAUGAGAACCUGGAGAACGGAAGGGACAAAAAGACAUCUUCAUCCAUGAGCAGGUCCUCCUCCGGUUUCGAGUCAAGCCACCUCCCGUCCCCAGAGUACCCUGCCCUCCCCCUGACCCUCACCUCCACCAGACCUAGUAAGACUUUACAGCCCAGUAAACCAGGAUUCCUCCCCUGUAUCCCACCAUCACUAAGAACUCCUAAGAGCAGCUUAAAUCUCUCAAGCCCAGCAAAAGGUCAUCUUCCCAGUGGCGGUAUUGCUAGAAGUCGGAGCUGCACUGAGUUGAGAAGAAACUCAGCUCCGGGGCUGCGGAGGCGGUGCUUCUCCCUGACAGCCCUUCACAAAGAGCAGAGCAGAAAACCUCUCAACCCUAAAGACUGGAAUCUCACUGCCAGGGGCAAGAACGAGGAGAGAAAGCAGCACCCAUUAAAGCUACAGAAACAUUUUGACGUCACAUUAACGUCCUGUCAGUCUUCCACUGCACCAUUAGAUGCUGUGCGCAGCACGUUGAACACAGACACGAGCGAUGCCAGCAGCUUUAAACAAGCUGAGACAACACAAAGCACAUACGUCAAGCUGCCCGCCACACUUCCAGCAGAAAGCUCCAAUCAUCCUGUAGCUACACUUUCUGUAUCAAACUCCUACAAAGACCCCUUCACAACAGAAGCCGCCUGCAGGCACGACUGUACAGGCAACACCUCUUCUGGGGAGAAGAGCGGUCGUGCAAUUUCAGCCAAUUUGGAAGCCCGACGGCUGAGAAUGAACAGAAACAAGAAGACGUCCAUUAAAUCAGUGAAUCUGGGAUCCCUGGUGGAAUAAAGACUGCAGAGUAUUGAUCUCAAGCUAUUUUUUGAAAAAGGUAUUGGCUUAAAAGUUACAGGAAAGUGCCACAGUACAGUUUUUAAUUGCUGCUGUCGAAUAAUAACCAUUUUAAAUUAAUCUUUUUUUUUCAUAAUCUUUGAAAUACUGACUGUUUUUAACCAAUGAUUUCUGAAAAUGUAACCAUGGGUUUUCAAAGACUCCAAAAUACUGUAGUGUGCCAUCAAUGUGAGGAGUAACUGUAGCAGUGGUGCACUUUUAAUGCAGUUAUAAAAUAGGUUUAAAUGUAUGUAUGUACUGUAUAUUUAAUUUCAUGUGCUGUCUUUUUUUUAAUAGUUUCAAAUGUGAAUUACACUGAACAAAG